GCAGAGGGCCAAGGUGUGCCGACCGUGAGCGAGCCCGCCUCGGACAAGGCAGCAGAGGCAUACGACCAGCAGCAGGGAGCCGCUGCCACGGGAUCUGCCCAGCAUCCUCAGGCCGGCAAGGAGCGCAAGCCAUCUGCCUUCAAAAACGCCAUGAAGCAGCCGACCUACUCGUACGUCAAAUCUCGCGGUUUCUACGCUGGUGUGCAGGUCGACGGCACGAUCGUCACGGAGAGGAAAGACGCCAACGCCGCCUUCUACGGCGGUGCUGCAGUCUCGGUCCAGCAGAUCCUCAGGGGUGAGGUGUCCCGCGUGCCAGGCAGGGACAGCUGGGUCGGCCUCGUCCAACCGCUCUUCGACACCAUCAAGGGCGCCCAGGGCUGGCACGGCCAACAGCAGGGCGGGCCCAGCAGCCCCUGGGUGAACCAGAUGGGGCCCGAUCCAAACAGUACCUACGGCAUGGGCAAUGCACAGGGCGCAUACCCAUCUGGCUACGACCCCGUCUCUGACAGGGCGGCGGGCGAGAACCCUCCUCAGAAGCCACCGCGCCCAGCAGAUGGGAGAAACGUUGCCGAUGCCACAGCUGGGGUGGCGGCCAUGAACGUGGGAGAACAAGCAGGAUCACCUACAGCCGGGGCAGCGAGUGAGACGCCUCUGGCGCGCGCCAAAGCCGCUGAGGCCGCGGAUGAGGCGAGGAUGAACCGCGAGCGGGAGGCGAGGGAACGCAGGGAGCUGGACGACGAGAUGACGAGGCACGGAAGGAACAGCAUGGCCGGUGCGCCACCGGGUUACUCGGAGAUGGCGCCCGAGAUGGCAUCCGGUGCUGCGGACGGUGCUCAGGAGCAGCCGCCUGCCUAUGUGGACGACGGUGCUGCUCCUACCAGAGCCGGCGCGGGAGAUUCCAAGGGUGCUCAGUCGUCAUCGUGAAUAUUGCUUCUCACGAAAAGGAGAGACUUGUGGCACUGUUUGAGCAGACUGCAGUGAUCUGGCAUUGUUGGUGAUUGAGUACAAUGGCGUUGGGAUGAUACCUGUGCAACUUGUAGACCGCAUUGUGAGCCUUUUUAAUUUUAUUUUUGUAACUUAACCUCGCUUCUCCUGCCUAAAUAUCUAUCACUCAUUGUCUACCAUUGACAAAGCUGCUGUC